AAGAUUUGUCAAAAUUGUUUGCUUUGGUGUGUCAGCUGUGGGUGUUAAAAUUUUGCUAAUUUCUUCUAAAAAUCGUAUUAAAUCCUUUCACUUCAUUCAUUACAAUAAGCCUUCAUCAUGGCAGAUCGUCUUACACAACUGCAAGACACCAUUAACCAGCAAGCUGAGCACUUCUGCAACAGCAUAGGCAUAUUGCAGCAGUUCUCCACGCCUAGCAAGUUCCCUGGAUUUGACCGGAGUGGUUCGCAAACGCCUCAACAACAGCAGAAUCAGGAGGACUAUGCAGUGUUGUUUGCGACGCUCAUUUCGCGGUGUGCGAAGGAUAUUGACACGCUGAUCGAGUCCCUGCCGAGUGAGGAGAGCUCGGCAGAGCUACAGGUGCAAAGCUUGAGGCGUUUGGAGGCGGAGAACAAGGAAGCUGCUGAGCAAUUGGAAGAAGUGGUCCGCCAAGGUGAGAUUUUGCUCGAAAAGAUCCAAGGAGCCCUGAGUGACAUCGCUCAAAGCCAGCUAGACAUGCAGAACCCAGCGCUAAUCCUAAAUAAAGACGUUAAGCCUCAGUUAUAGGGCUCGAAGAAGAGCGGUGGCCACCACCGACGGUGACCUGGUGUAAAGACUUUUUUUAUUAGUUUAAGUUGAUACUUAAAGCCUGGUCCAUGUGCGACGCGCGCCCGCUGUGACUGUGCGAGCGCGACAGCAACAUAAUUACGCGCGAGCGAU